AAGAUAACAUCAUAAUUACGGUUGUCACUGACAUAGAAACAUUGGAGAGCGCGCUUAUUAUUUAAGCUUAAAUUUGCAUAGUGUAUUUUACUACAAUGGGUACAUGUUUUGGAAAGAGAACACCAAAGAGGAACGCUGUAUGUCCGUCUGCUGAGAACGGUAAUCCUUGUAAGCGGAAUUUGCGGAAAGAGCCAGCUGAUAUGAUACGUGAUUUGGAGGAGGCAAAUGCCGAAGACUCUAAGAUUGGCAAUGCUGGCGUUUCCUUCACUGUUGACUUUACAGACGGGGAUCCGACCAGAAUGCCUUCACGACUGGCAGACAGACUAAAUGGAGCUAUGACCCCAGCAGCCGAGGACCAUAACGAAGUAACUUACACACCAGAAGAAAGGGAGAUAAUGGCCGAGCUUUUGCGCAAUGAUAUAUUACGAGAAAGGAAGGAGAAGGCAGCUGGUCACUCAGUGGCAAAGUACUAAAAGGGUGGCAAAGUACUAAAAAGGUAUGAACAGCAGUACCGUUUAACUGAACAAAUUGUGUUUAA